ACUCCAGGCUUACUGGCAGGGGAAACUUUAGCGUGAAGUGCAGCAUCGGUUUCUCUCAGAGAGGGGAGCUUUCUUCUCUUUUCCUUUCUCCCUCCGUGAACACUGAAGACUGUAGCAGCGCUCCUUUUUUUUUUUAAUUUCUCUGUGGACUUGUGAGAAGCUCAUCACAUUUUUCUGAGUAUGUUUAACAGCAUUGGGAGAUACCCUUCAACAGAGUUGUGGAAAAGAGCAGAAUAAAAUAGACAGCAGAGAUGAAGCACGCCUUGCAGAUGGACUAAGACAGCCCUGAGGUCCUGGUAAGCAGUUUCUUCCCGGCAUUUUCUGAGUACUUCACAGUAUUAACAAGUCUCUCACAGCAAUGGAUUGUCUGUGAAGUCAAAGCCAGUUUGGAUCUUUUAGAAGAUCUUGCAUCGUUAACUUAAACUCUCAAUGUGGAGUAAAAAUGGCUGUCUAGAGCAAAAUGUGUCAGACGGAAAAAUUUUGGAGGAGAAAGUAUUGAACCAGUUGAACAAAGCUUUGAAGCAUUGAAAUCUGCAGAAAUCGUCAAGCCUUAAGAAGUCUAAUCAUGAAUUCUGGAGUUGCUAUGAAAUAUGGAAAUGACUCCCCUGCAGAGCUGAGUGAGCUUCAUUUAGCAGCCCUGGCUUCAUUAAAGGGAGACAUAGUGGAGCUUAAUAAACGUCUACAACAAACAGAAAAGGAACGUGAUCUGUUGGAAAAGAAACUGGCAAAAGCACAGUGUGAGCAAUCCCACCUGAUGAGAGAGCACGAAGAUGUGCAGGAGCGAACAACGCUGCGCUACGAGGAACGAAUCACUGAGCUGCACAGUAUCAUUGCUGAACUGAACAAGAAAAUUGAUCGACUACAGGGAACAACAAUAAGGGAGGAGGAUGAGUACUCAGAGCUGCGGUCAGAGCUCAGCCAGAGCCAGCAGGAGGUUAAUGACGACUCGCGCAGCGCGGACCAGAAUUCUGUUUCGGUACCAGAGAAUCAGUCCACCAUGGUCACUGCAGAUAUGGAUAACUGUAGUGACUUGAAUUCAGAACUGCAAAGAGUGCUGACAGGUCUGGAAAAUGUUGUCUGCGGGCGGAAGAAAAGCAGCUGCAGUUUAUCAGUAGCAGAAGUGGACAGACACAUUGAACAACUCACUACUGCCAGUGAACAUUGUGAUUUAGCCAUUAAGACUGUAGAAGAGAUUGAGGGUGUACUGGGACGUGACCUUUACCCAAAUCUGUCAGAGGAGAGGUCUCGAUGGGAGAAGGAGCUCGCUGGCCUUCGAGAAGAGAAUGAAAGCCUCACGGCCAUGCUGUGCAGCAAAGAGGAGGAGCUCAACAGGACCAAGGCCACCAUGAAUGCUGUCCGUGAAGAGAGGGACAGGCUGCGCAGAAGGGUUCGGGAGCUGCAGACACGUUUGCAGAGUGUGCAGGCAACGGGCCCGUCCAGCCCCAGCCGUCUCACUUCUGCCAAUCGACCCAUCAACCCCAGCACGGGAGAGCUGAGCACCAGCAGCAGCAGCAAUGACAUUCCCAUUGCCAAGAUUGCUGAAAGAGUGAAGCUGUCGAAAACAAGAUCAGAGUCUUCAUCAUCUGACAGACCUGUCUUAGGAUCAGAAAUCAGCAGCAUAGGGGUGUCUAGUACUGUGGCUGAACAUUUGGCACAUUCCCUCCAAGACUGCUCAAACAUCCAGGAAAUCUUCCAGACUCUCUAUUCACAUGGAUCUGCUAUCUCUGAAAGUAAAAUUCGAGAGUUUGAAGUGGAGACAGAGAGAUUAAAUAGCCGUAUUGAACACUUGAAAUCCCAGAAUGACUUACUGACAAUAACACUGGAAGAGUGCAAGAGCAAUGCUGAGAGGAUGAGCAUGCUUGUUGGGAAGUACGAGUCCAAUGCCACGGCCCUCAGGCUGGCAUUGCAGUACAGUGAACAGUGCAUAGAGGCAUAUGAACUGCUGUUGGCACUGGCAGAAAGUGAGCAGAGUCUCAUUCUUGGGCAGUUCAGAGCUGCAGGUGUUGGUUCUGUUGGGGACCAGACAGGUGAUGAAAACAUCACACAGAUGCUUAAGAGAGCUCAUGACUGCAGGAAGACAGCUGAGAAUGCAGCAAAAGCCUUGCUGAUGAAACUAGAUGGGAGCUGCGGAGGAGCCUAUGCAGUCACUGGCUGCAGCGUGCAGCCCUGGGAGAGCCUCUCAUCCAACAGCCACACAAGUACUACCAGCUCAACUGCAAGCAGCUGCGAUACAGAAUUUACAAAGGAGGAUGAGCAGCGGCUGAAGGAUUACAUCCAGCAGUUGAAAAAUGACAGGGCAGCAGUGAAACUGACAAUGCUGGAGCUGGAAAGCAUCCACAUUGAUCCCCUUAGUUAUGACGUUAAGCCGCGUGGAGACAGCCAGAGGCUAGACCUGGAAAAUGCAGUCCUGAUGCAGGAACUUAUGGCAAUGAAGGAGGAGAUGGCAGAGCUCAAGGCACGGCUUUACCUGUUAGAGAAGGAAAAGAAGGCAUUGGAAUUGAAACUGAGCACUCGAGAGGCCCAGGAGCAGGCCUACCUCGUCCACAUUGAACACUUGAAGUCUGAAGUGGAGGAACAAAAAGAGCAGAGAAUGAGGUCUCUUAGCUCAACCAGCAGUGGAAGCAAAGACAAGCUGGGCAAGGAAUGCAGUGAUGGCACCGCAGCACCGUUAACUCUUGCUGAGCUGAGACCAUACACCGAGAGUGAACUGACUGCUGAGCUGACAAACGCACUCAGAAGGGAGAAGAAAUUGAAGGCUAGAGUGCAGGAGUUAGUGAGUGCUUUGGAGAGGCUCACAAAGAGCAGUGAGAUCAGACAUCAGCAGUCUGCAGAAUUUGUUAAUGACCUUAAAAGGGCAAACAGCAACUUGGUAGCAGCUUAUGAAAAAGCAAAGAAAAAGCAUCAAAAUAAGCUGAAGAAACUGGAAUCGCAAAUGAUGGCCAUGGUGGAGAGACAUGAAACACAAGUGAGGAUGCUCAAACAAAGAAUAGCUUUACUGGAAGAAGAGAACUCCAGACCACACACCAAUGAAACUUCACUUUAAAUGCAUCUCUUUAAAGGAUGCUUAGUGCCAUUUCAACUUUCUUUCUUUUGAAGGCUGACUUCUAGGGAGCUUCAAACGCUAAAAGCUCUGACUGUCAAUGCUGACACACUUAAAGCACCUUCUCUGGGAUCCCAGAGAGGUGUCAUGGGGAUAAUAAAAAUGUUAACCUUAAGAACUGUUUCAUAAUGUAAAAUGGCAGUGCCUGAAUUAUCAUACUAUAAUUAUGUACAUUGUCUGUGUCGUUAUGUCUAUAUUCAUACAGCUUCUCUUCCAUUUUAUAUACGUCCCAUGGGUGACAGUCUCACAUAGCAAAAUAAUUAAUUUUGAGAGGUUUUCAUUUUGGUUGCUUGGAGAUCAUUUAAGAGUUUUCCCAGUCCCUGAGCUCCCUCUGCACACAAGUCUAUAUUGUACCCUCAAGAAAGACUUGCUGUUGUGGUUAAAUCAACCAAAUGGGCAGCUGCAGAGAGGCGGGAUGACAGGCUGCCUUGCUUUUUUGCACCCUAUUUGCAAUACUGCUGCUCACAGUGCAGAUCAGGUAGGAAAAUUCCUGUUGAUUUGGAAAAAUACCAAGAAACUGUAGUUGCAUCUCUGAGAACCAUGAUGAUGGUCUAUUUAUUACAGUUUGUAAGAGGGCUAAAGGCUGUGAGUUUCACCACUCCAUGUAGAUGGUCUGAGCCAAGGGUGGGUAAGAAAUUAUAGGAGACCUCCUGGUAUUUAUAUUGCAUGGUGUUUGCAACUACUUUGUGGAAGAAUUGUUUUUUCUUGCUAAUACAUUAUAGCCAAGGUUUUCUCUAAGAAGCUGGGCCAUUUUUGUCACAUGUAUAGUGCUUAUUGUGGCUUACUGUGAUCAAGAGGUAGAAUGUCUUUUUUUAAUACUUUUUUUGACCAAAAAAAGGUACUUAUUAAGAAUGUACCUGUUUAAUAUUGAAUACAUAGGCACAAAACUAUAAAUGUGUAGAUGUAUGGAUAUCCUGUCACAAACAGAAUGUGAAUGGUGAAGUCUUACAGCUUCUUAGGUUAGUUUUUGUUACUGCUAACGUUCUUCUUUCGUUUAAGUCACAUCAUAUUACUGUAUUAUCAAACUGACUGAAUUGCAAAUGAUGCCCUAUUAUGUUAAUGAACAUUAAGCAAAUCAUGGGGAUAAGGUUGAUUUCUGUUGAGGUCAAAAUACAGGAGUCUACCAUAGGACCUGUAAUGUUCAGAAUCUUCUUAUUUUUGACAGAGUACGUAAAAGAGCUUCCAUGUGUGUUUUAACAUGCCAAACUGGAGUCCAUUCACUGUGCUAGCCUGCUACUAUGUUACACCUCUGCUUUGCUUUUUUUUCAGGCUUAUUUCCUAGGGAAUCUGAUUUCAGGAGUCAUUCAUCCUUUUUGCUUUACGUGUUGAGUUGCACCUCCAGCUUUACAAGUGUAUUUAGAAUGAUGAUAACUUCUCUCACUUAUUCCUCCCAUUUCUAGUACUAAGGAAAUAGUUUUAGAUGACUUUAACUGUUUUUGUCUACUGUUGGGUUAGGCCAGGCAGACAAAAUAUGGGAAUUUGUAUUCAGAGUAUGGCAUCCUGGUUGCAUCUGAAACUGUGGCAGUUGGUGUUCAUCUCUUUCUACUGUAGCUGCUGUUGUCUUCUUUCCUUAAAAUAGUCAUUCCUACUUCUCCAGAGCCUGAUACUUCAUCUACAAAGCCAGCAUGAUUGAUUGCAACAGCAAGUUAAUGCUGAUUUCAAAAUUCUUAGUAACAUCCUGGGAUUGGUUUUGAUCAGUCCUCUUUCUCAAGAUAAUUGAACUUAAUUUACAAUGGGAAUGGAAGUUUUCGCAAACCAGUCUGUUGAGGGAGGAGGCACUUUGAUUUCUGCUGCCUUUAUGGUUUUGCUUAGCUGCUUUCUAUGGCAUUUCCCUUUUUCGGCCAAGUUUCUCACCAACAGGAAUGUGAGGUUUUGCCAUAAGCUUCAGUUGUAGCUGAGCACACUUGUUUCAGAAGAAAUGCAAAGGAAAAUAUCCACUGUGUACUGUGGCAAAAACGCAGUUCUGGCAUCUGAAACAUCCAUCUGAUUUGAGGUCAUCUCAAAAUGUCCAUGUGAAAUACCAUUCAAUGAAGAGGCCUAGAAACAACUACACUGGAUUGCCUCUUAGGCUCUUAUUUGGAAGGGACUUUAAAAGAUCAUCUUCUUCCAACCACCCUGCUGUGGGCAGGGAGACCUCCCUCAACACUAGGUUGCUUCAAGCCCCAUUCAAACUGACCUUGAACACUUCCAGGGAUGGAACAUCUGCAGCUUCUCUGGGCAACCUGUUCCAGUGCCUCAGCACACUCACAGUAAAGAAUUUAUUCCCUAAAAAAAUUUCUAUGUACCACUUGAAUUUAAAUCCGUCUUUAAACUGUAGGUACAAAUUAAGAAAGAAUAAAAACACAGUAACACAGAAUGGUUGGAAGGGACCACUGGUGGGGUCAUCUGGUCCAACCUCCCUGCUCAAGCCAGGUUUCCUGGAGCAGGUUACUCAGCAUUGCAUCCAGAUGAUUCUGGAAUAUCUCUACUGAGGGAGACUCUGCAACCUCUCUGCUCAACCUGCUCCAGUGCUCAGUAACCCCCUCAGGAAAGAAUUUGUUCCUCCUAUUCAGGAUCAAUUUCUACUUGUUGCCUCUUGUCUCAUUGCUUGGCACCCCCAAGCAGAGCCUGAUCCAUCCUCUGACACCUCCAACACCCACUGACACUGAUGAGGUUCCCUCUCAGUCCUGCCCUCUCAGGGCUGAACAGGCACCUGGGUUUAGAGGCAUAAAAAGCUGCAACCGUCCCUCAGUGCUUUUUUCAGUCCUCAGGAUUUGCUGAUGCCAUUUCACUGUGUUUACUGUGUAUCUUCCCUGCCAAACUGUGCUCUGAAAGUGCUUUAGAAUGAAUUAUAAAUCAUCAGUAAAUGUAAGCCAUUUUCAUCCCAGAGGGUUUGUAGAUGAAAAAGAAUCACUGAUAUCACACAGCCUCAGCAGCAGCCACAGUUUGCCAGAGCACCAGUUUAGUUUGCCCAGGCAAGCAGCUACUGAUUGAUUUGUUGGCAUGCUGGAAAAGAUCAGCAGGUAAGUAAUAAAAGGUUUAGUGUAGUGUGAAAACUCUUCAAUAUUAAUAAUUUGCUGUAGUUCCAAUGUAGCCAUUACAAUGGCACCAAGCCUGAGAAAAAAAGCCAAAAAACUUAACAACUCUGUUCAUGCAACUCUGAAAUACCAGCACACAAGAUACAUGAGUGUGCAAUGCACCUUGAGUCACAGCAACUAAACUUUUAAUGCUGCAGAAAUAAUACAUUGGUAAACCAAGAAAUAUAGGUGGUUCUUGCCAACAAAACCUAAGUCCAUUAAUGACUUUUUGCUUUUCUAAGUACCCAGAGUGCACGAAACUUUGUAUUUCAGUGUGUUCAGAAAAAAAAAAUUUACUUUUUUUUUCUAAUUAUAUGUGUAAGUCUUCACCAGCUUGAAUGUACUGUUAGCUAUUGCAAAGCACAUGUGACUAAGUUUGCAUUCAUGUCAGUAUUGUUCUACUGGUUUUAUUAGGAUUUUUUUCCUCCUUUUAAUAUUGCACCAUACAUUGUAACUUUAUAAAUUUUUCACCAUACUGAAUUAGCUUUAAAUGUGUUGCUACUUUUUAGUUUCCUAGCAGCUGUAAAAUAGCUAUUUUGUGUUUAUUUGAUAUAGAAUUGUAAAAAACUGCAUUUAUUUAUACAGAGGCAUUUAUAAUACUUAUUUUACAAAUGUUCUUAUAUUCUGAAUAAAUUUCUAAUGCUG